AUGGAGAAAACCUCCAAAGUGUCACGUGAAGCAUCGGAUUGCAAGUCACCAUCUUGGCCAAGAAUGGCUUUGCCUACCCUCCAUAGUAGCCAUCCACGACCCAAAGGAAAAAGGGCAAGUCACUUGCCACGGAUUUGUCAAGCUAAUGGAGAUCUAGAGGAUGAUGAUGAUAAAAGAAGCCCUACCUCAUCUGUAGUAAAUGUGAUACAGAUUGUUGGGGGAGGUGGGGUUGGGAGGGAGGUCUUGAUGAUGAUAGCUUCUUUAGCCAACAGGGAACUGAAAAGGACUCACAAUGAUAGAGAGAUGGAAUAG